UGAGUAUUUGAAUAGGUGAAAGAAAGACGACAUUAACCUCUACCUAAAUCACAUGUUGUCUUUGUUUAGUUGGUAAAAGCAGCUGUAUACAUAACUAAAAACAUUAGGAAAUUGUAUAUUAACAAAACCCGUGAAAAUUACAAAAAAAAAUUAUUAAUAGAAAAAGGACCAAUAAUAAUAUUUAUUUAUUUAAAAUGAAAAUAAUUAAGAUAAACUAUAUUUUGAAACAAGGAGCCUUUUUAUCUUUUUCAAAGAAUUGAGAUCAAAAGUUACCACUAGUAUUACACAAAUUUUACUAAUCAACUAAAUCUAGGUGUAAAUACUCAAAUACAAUAAUUUGAAUUGAGGUUAGCACUUAUUAUCGAAAGUGCUCAAAUGCUUUCAAAAGUAAUGAUGCCCGAUGCUGCUAGAUCACAUCUUGAUGCUUUGUCUACAAAAAAAACAUUAAUAAAUACUGAUAUUGUUUCAAAAAAAUCAGAUUCUGAAUUUCAAGAAAAUAAAUUGCCAUCUACAACAGUUGUCACAAAAGCAAAUGAUAAAAAAUCAAAAAAUACAAACUCUAAUUGGGAAAAAUUUAAAGACCUUGUUAAUCAAUCAGGUUCUGAUUCUCAACAAUUUAGUGACUCCAAAUCACCUCCAAAAAGGCCUCUAAAAUCUUCAGAAUCUUCUCGUCAAGGCAAAAGAAAGUCCAAAAAUAAUAGUAAAAAAAGACUUAAUUUAAACACUCGACCUGUCAUGGAUUUAGGAAAUACAACUCUAACAAAACAAGUAGCGAUGGAUUGUGAAAUGGUUGGGAUUGGAGAUGGAACUGAAAGCAUGCUUGCAAGGGUAUCAAUAGUGAAUCGUCAUGGAGCGUGUAUUUAUGAUAAGUUUGUGAAACCAAGAGAGACUAUUCAAGAUUACAGAACAGCUGUAAGUGGAAUUCGCCCUCAUAAUGUUCAAAAUGGUGAAGAAUUUGAAGUAGUUCAAGGAGAAGUUGCCAAUAUAUUGAAAGGACGUAUUCUAGUUGGUCAUGCAUUGAAACAAGAUCUUUCAGUUUUGUUUUUAUCUCAUCCAAAAAAGCUUCAACGAGAUACAUCGCGUUAUAGUUUAUUUAGACGUGUUAGUAAAGGGAAUACUCCAAGUUUAAAAAAAUUAGCAGCAGAAUUAUUAGGAAUUAAUAUACAAACUGGCGAACAUGAUUCUAUUGAAGAUGCAAGAACUGCUAUGGAAUUGUACGUUUUAUACGCAAAACUUUGGGAAUCAGACAUACGUUUUCAUUAAUGCAUUAAUAUUUUAUACUUGAGGAAAUUUUUUUUCCUUUAUAGUAAAGAAUAUAUUAAAUGAUUAAUAACAUUAAAUGUUAAUAAAAAAAUUUUUCAAAUAUA